AUGGAUCUGGUCAACAGCCUAGAAGGCAGACUGCUCUUCGCAGUCCCCAAGAAGGGCCGCCUUCUCCAGGCCGCUCUAAACCUCCUUGAGGGUGCCGACAUCCAGUUCAAGCGCGAGAACCGUCUCGAUAUUGCUCUCGUCAAGAACCUGCCCAUUGCGCUCGUGUUCCUUCCCGCUGCCGAUAUCCCAACCUUUGUGGGCGAGGGUCGUGUCGAUCUCGGUAUCACGGGCUAUGACCAGGUUCAGGAGCACGACGCCGGAACCCGGGCGCUCGCACGCCUCCGCCGCUUGAGUAACGAUUGGGACUCCAGUAGGGCUCCCAACAAGCCGCAGGGCUGUGAGACUGUCCUAGACCUCGGCUUCGGCGCCUGCCGUCUGCAAGUUCAGGUACCCGCCAAAGGCCAAUACGUGGAAAGAAAGGACUUGAUCGGGAAGAACGUCGGUACCAGCUUUGUCCACCUUGCGCGCGAGUACUUUGCGCGCCUCGAGAUGGAGCAGGAGGGCAUCCAGGACACGACCAAGGUGGAAGGCAGGAAACUCCGGACUAAGAUCAUCGAGCUCAGCGGGAGUGUGGAGGCGGCUUGUGCGCUAGGCGUCGCAGACGGGAUUGUUGAUUUGGUUGAAUCUGGUGAGACGAUGAAAGCCGCGGGCCUCAAGGCAAUUGACACCGUGGUUGAGACAUCCGCCAUCUUGAUCAAGUCCAAGGCCCCCAGCGACCCAGCCCUGGUCGACCUGAUUGCGUCCCGCAUUCGCGGCGUCAUCACCGCCCAACGGUUCGUGCUCUGCCAGUACAAUGUGCCGCGUGCCAAACUAGCCGCGGCCACCGAGAUCACCCCGGGUAAGCGCGCUGCGACCGUUACCGCGCUCGACGAGGAAGGCUGGGUAGCCGUGAGUGUCAUGGUAGAGAAGAAGCGUAUCGCGGUCGUCAUGGAUGAUUUGGUGCAGGUCGGCGCAGAGGAUAUUUUGGUGCUAGAUAUUCACAACACUAGGAGUAACUAG